AUGGCGGCUGACUGGGAAGGCUAUCCGCUACACAAAUGUGUAUUUAAUGACGAUAAAUGUCGUUUGUCUCAGUUAAUUCGUGUACACGACGUUGCACAAAAGGAUAUACAUGGUAACACACCCUUGCACCUUGCUGUAAUUCUGGGACACAAAGAAUGUAUACACUUAUUACUGGCCCAUGGAGCUCCUGUCCGUAUAAAAAACACCCAAGGCUGGACACCGUUGGCAGAGUCGAUCAGCUUUGGAGAUCGACAAACAAUAUUGUGUCUACUAAGAAAACUUAAACAACAGUCUCGGGAGUCCCUGGAGAAUAGGAGGCCCUCUCUUGUGCAGGCACUACGGGAUAUAGGAGAUUUCUACCUAGAACUUAAGUGGGAUUUUCAAAGCUGGGUUCCUUUGGUGUCCAGGAUUCUGCCUUCAGAUGUUUGUAAAAUACACAAAAAAGGAUGCUGUAUACGCCUUGAUACAACUCUAGUGGAUUUUAACGACAUGCACUGGGAGAGGGGGGACAUAACAUUUGUGUUUAAUGGAGAGGAAGACCCCCAGCAGAGUUUGACUGUGUUAGAUAACAAGCUGUUUGUGUUCCAGAGGAUCAGAUACGAGGAGAGCGAGCAAGAGAUGGAUGAUGAGGUUGACAUCUUGAUGAGCAGUGACAUUAUGGCGGCACAAAUGUCAACUAAAAACAUUACAUUCACACGAGCACAGAGUGGCUGGCUUUUCAGAGAGGAUAAGACAGAAAUGGUUGGUGAUUAUGAAGCUGAUUACUACUUCAUAAAUGGACUCACUUUAGAUUCUAGAAAAAGGAGGGAACACCUGUCUCCAGAAGAUGUUCAGAAGAACAAGGCUAUAAUGGAGAAUCUAACCAAGGGAACCUGGGACAACUGUGAUUUUCAAAGACGACCAUCAUUAAACCCACCUGAAAGGCCAAACAUCAGCUGGGAAGAGUACCUGUCCGCCCCUGCUGGUAAACCCCCUUGUCUAGGCAGACAGUGGAUCCCUAAGGGAAGUUCCAAGUCCUUCAAGGCAACAGUAGCAAUGAGCAAAUCUUUCCCUAUGGAUGUUAGUGUUUUGCUGGAUGUACUUGAAGUGAUAGCACCAUUCAAGCAAUUUCAGAAGCUCAGGGAUUUUAUGACUACAAAGUUGCCUGAUGGAUUUCCUGUAAAGAUAGAGAUCCCAGUGUUCCCAACAGUGACUGCCAGAGUAACUUUCAACUCUUUUGAGUGGAAGGACGAGCUGCCCGAUAGUUUGUUCUACAUACCACCUGAGUACAUUGAGGACCCCAAGCGUUUUCCUGACUUAUGA